GGUGUACUUUGUUAGAGAUAGCUCACUGCUUAGUUUUGUUUUGUUUUGAAAAGUAGGACGUGACGUUUCCUUACUUCCGCCUGGUUCUGUCACAUUUGAUCCGCUGCUGGUGACCAAUCCCCCGACGCGGUAGCAUCUUGGGACGCAGUCCCCACUUGACUUCGCCUCCGACCGUCUCAUCACCUGCGUCCGUCCGCCUGAAAGAGAGCCUGUGUGUGUCUGUUUUUGUUUUUGUUUGUCUGUUUUUUUUUUGUUUUUUUUUUGGUAGCAGCUAGCCUAUUUAAAACUUUGGUUUUAAAUAUUAGCUCCGAGACACAUUGAACGAGAAGGACGCAAAUACGGAGUAUGUCGGAUUUCGACAGCAACCCGUUCGCGGACCCGGACCUCAGCAACCCGUUCCAGGAUUCAUCAGUGACCCAAGUAAGACAGACGGGUCCCCCAGGGUUGGAAGAGUACAAUCCCUUCACAGAUGCCAAACCAAUGCCUGCAGGUAUGGCACCCAAGACUGCUGCGCCCACCAUCAGCGCACAACCCGCCAUCAUGAAACCCACGGAGGAGCCUCCAGCCUACUCGCAGCCUCAGUCACAGCAGCAGACGCGAGCAGCUGCCGAGCUCUUGAGGCGACAGGAGGAGCUGGAAAGGAAGGCCGCAGAGCUGGACCGCCGGGAGAGAGAAAUGCAGUCAAUCAGUGCUUCAGGAGGCAGGAAAAACAACUGGCCUCCGCUCCCAGAGAACUUCCCCAUGGCCCCCUGCUUCUACCAUGACAUUACAGUGGACAUUCCUGUAGAGUUUCAGAAGACAGUCAAGAUCAUGUACUACCUCUGGAUGUUUCACACUGUGACGCUGCUCGCUAACAUGAUCGGCUGCCUGGCCUGGUUCUGUGUGGAAUCGUCACGUGGGGUGGACUUUGGCUUGUCGAUCCUGUGGUUCAUGCUCUUCACACCCUGCUCCUUCGUGUGUUGGUACAGACCACUGUACGGAGCAUUCAGGAGUGACAGCUCAUUCAGAUUUUUCAUUUUCUUCUUUGUGUACAUCUGUCAGUUUGGCAUCUACGUUCUCCAGUGUAUUGGCAUCACUGGUUGGGGAGCCAGCGGGUGGAUCUCAGCUUUGACUGGCCUAAAUCACAGCAUCCCAGUGGGCAUUAUAAUGAUCCUCAUCGCUGCUCUCUUCACCUCGCUGGCCGUCAUGUCCCUCAUCAUGUUCAAAAAGGUCCAUGCGAUGUACCGUACCACCGGUGCCAGCUUCGAGAAGGCCCAGCAGGAGUUCGCCACAGGCGUCAUGUCCAACAAGACGGUCCAGACGGCCACCGCCAAUGCCGCCUCCAGGGCUGCGCAAGGAACCUUAAAGGAGCAGAUCUGAUUGGCCUAGACAGCUCGCUCGUAUCUCCGUCCAACCGUCGACCCUCUCCUCUUCCUCCUCCUCCUCCUCCGCUCACAAGUGCAGCACCCAGCCACAGCUGAGCCGAGUAACCUGUUUAAACGCACGGAGAGUCCUUCAGGCUUCUGACAGUAUCUGAGUGGUACAUGUAAGGGCACCUCAGUGACCUAUGAUCUGUGAUCUGAGUCUGAGAGAGAAAACCACUACUGGGAUCGUUCAAACGGGGUCAUGGCUCUCUCCUGCUGUCGCACUCUGCCCCGGCAACAUUCUACACCCUCUUCUCUGACUCUGGGACCCCCUCACUCUCACCACUCAACCAGCGUGCUCAACCUUAUUUUUUCUGUGUGAGUUUGCGUGCGUGAGUUUGCGUGUGUAUGUGUGUGUCUGGCCAACUAAAUGAAUGUUUGUGUGCCUAUUUUAAAUGUCGGUGCCGCCUCGAGUCUUGUAGACGGUAAAGUAACUCUAAGUUACCUUGGCAUUUCCCACCAUCAACCAUCGUAGAAGUUUCGUGCACCCUGUGUGUUCUGUCAUUUCUCAACUUUAUCAGUUCAUCAAACGAACAAAUGGAAGUCAUCCAGUACUCUCUACUUGUCGGAGAAUGCACAUGCAGCAGAAGAUUUCUUUUUGCUGUUUUCCAUGAGUACACAACUUAACACUGCUGCCCCUGGUGGAGGGACUUUGUACUGCUGAAGAUGAAUGCUGUGCAUUCCAGUUCACUGCCUUGCCUUCGACUUUUUGAUCUGCUCAGAAUCACCCAAAAUCUCAUCUGUUAAAUAUCAGAGACUCACUCCAGUGGACUGUAGGGCUAAUGAUUGUUUUCCUUAUCGAGUAAGCCGCCAGUUAUUAUACUGAUUCAUCAGUUCAUUGUUUUUCCGAUUACGAUGUCAGAUGAAGGUGAAAAAAUGCACAAGGAGAAAAAUUCACAGUAAUAGAUUUGUCCAAAACCCAAAGAUAAUCAGUUCACAAUGAUGCAAGACAGAGAGAAGAGCAAUCAGUCGCAUGUAAGAGUCAGUUUCCACAAAUGAAGCUCCGCCAGAUGUGAUGUAGGAAACACAUCAGGACUAAGAGUGUAUGCAACAUGGUGACCAUGUUGAUGGGCCAAGGAGAAGACGAUUAUGCUGCACAAGUGAUAUGAGAGAUUUCUUUCAAUUAUUUUCCCGCUGUGAAAAAAUUCUCAGACUUUGAAUUUAUUUUAACUAACUGAAUUCAAGCUGAUCCGAGCCGUUGUCCUCUCCUUUCUAAAAGCACUACACAAUUUUCAACAGCGACCUCUCCUGCCUUCGAGCAGUGUUUGAUUCUCAAAAGAUUUUUUACUUUGGGUGGAACAUCACUUUAAAGUCUGCUCUAAAGUUUUGGUUAGUUUUUUUUUUUUAAAUCUUUUGCCUAUAAUGAUCUACACAUACAUACGAGUUGCACUUUAGAUCCGCUCAUUAGAUUCUUUGUCUGCGCAGAUUGAAGGAUAUUUGUAACAUUGGCCUCACGCCUUCCUGCUCGUUAGUCUAAUCCAUACGUGUGACGUGCACCAGCUGAGUUCAGCUGAGAGUUCAGAUCAAGCCUGCCUUUGGUGUGGUUUCCUCAAAAUGAAGCUAAUGAAUGACACUGUUAACAUGCACCAAGGGAUCCACCCAUCUGCAUAUACGUCUGCACGUUAAUACAGUUUUGGAGAGGAAAGUUUAACUCGCCUCCAGCUCCUCUCCAGUGUUCUGGAGAUUUACCUCAGUUGUACUCAGGAUGUACUCUUCACUUGCAUGACGAGGUUAAAAAUGAUACCAGAUUGUACAAAAUUAGACACAGACUGGCCCCUGGAUUUGUGCUGUAAAUUAAUAUAUUGCAAAAAAAAAAAAAA